AUGGUCCGAUGGUCUAGUCGCCUUCAGCAGUUCGGGGCUGGUCCGGCUCAGGUCAGCGAUUCAGGUCCGAUUCGAUCUAGGUUGAUUCGAUUGGACUGGUCAAAGGCCGAAGGAGACGCGGUUAGGAGUAUAGAUGGGGUGGAUAAGGUUUGCAAGGUAUGGGUGACCAUCGGAUGGGUGAUCAGAGGGCAGGGUAUGGUGGCCAGUGGUGCCGGAUCUUGGAAAGACUUACAGCUGACGUGGAAAUAUUAUAAGUAUGAAGGAGAAACAUUAUCUUUUUCAUCUAUAAUUCAAAAAUUUUUCUCUCACAACUUCCAAUUUAAAAUUUUUAGUACGGGAAACACUCUCCUCAUUCCGAUUCUUAUGGUGGUGGUUCUGUUGUCUAGUUUUGUGGUUACAUUCUCUACAAAAACAACAACCAAUAUCAACACUGAUCAACUGGCUCUUCUUGCACUAAAAGCCCAUGCCAUUAGUGAUCCUCAAAACCUCAUGGCAACCAAUUGGUCAACUGUUACUUCUGUUUGCAAUUGGAUUGGUGUCACUUGCGGUUCUCGGCACAAAAGGGUCACGGCUCUGAAUCUUGUUGGUAUGAAUCUCUCUGGUACCUUACCACCACACCUGGGAAAUCUGUCAUUCCUUGCUAGGCUUCACAUUGGAAACAACAAUUUUCAUGGCUCAUUGCCUAUCAAUAUGGCUAAUUUGCAUCGGCUGAAAUUUUUAAAUUUGGAAAACAACAAUUUCAACGGGGAAAUCCCUUCCUGGUUUGGUUCCUUUAUAGAACUUCAGAACUUGUCUUUGAGUGGUAACAACUUCAUGGGAGUUAUCCCAUCUUCUUUGAGUUCUUUGUCAAAAUUAGAGCUCUUGGGCUUGUCUCGUAACAAUUUACAAGGGCAGAUUUCUGUGGCAAUCGGAAAUCUUUCUAGCCUGCGAUGUUUAUAUAUGAAUGACAAUCAGUUUUCAGGUUCCAUACCUUCCUCCAUCCAACUCAACAUUUCUUCUUUAGAAGUAAUUGAUUUAACAUUUAACAAUCUCACUGGUCCUAUCCAACCAAAUAUGUUUGAUUAUCUACCCAAACUAAAAGGGCUUUAUUUGAGUUGGAAUCAACUUUCUGGUAUAAUUCCGAAAGGUUUAUUCAAGUGCGAAGAGUUAGAAGAAUUGUCCUUAUCUUCUAACCAUUUAGAGGGGAUUGUACCUGGAGAAAUCGGAAAUUUAACUAAGCUUAAGAAUUUGUACCUUGGCAUCAACGACCUCAAAGGUCAUAUACCACUUCAGUUUGGCAACUUACUGAAAUUGGAAGGGUUGUAUUUGGGAUCUAAUAGCAUCCAUGGAAACAUCCCUCCUCAUAUCUUUAAUAGCUCAGCCAUGAAUGUCAUUGUACUAGCUCUAAACCAGCUCUCAGGCUAUCUUCCGUUAACCAUAGGCCUUUGGCUUCCGAAGCUUGAAAUCCUUGAACUUGAAGGAAAUGAGUUAAGUGGAUCGAUGCCUGCCUCCAUUUCCAACGCUUCUCGGCUUACUACACUUAGCUUUGGAGGCAACUCAUUUUCUGGAUAUAUUCCCAUUGACCUUGGCAAUCUACGAGAUCUACAAUAUCUCGUGCUGGGUCAGAAUAAUUUGGCUAGCACACCUUCGUCCUCGGGGUUGAGCUUUUUAUUUUCAUUGGCAAAUUGCAAACACUUAAAGAGUAUUAGAGUUUGCUAUCAAUCCAAUGAUCAGUGGUAA